GAUCAUCGUUUAAUUACAUUAGAACAAUUAAAAUUGAUACAUGAUAAACUAAAUAAUAUUCAACAAAUAAUUGAUACGUAUGUAACAAUGACUGAUAGACAACUUGAACAAUAUCACAAUGGUCAAAUGUUAAUUACAAGUCCAUUGUUAGAUGAACAACAAAAACAAAUUAUUAAUAUUUAUAGUCAAUUACAAACAUGUAAAAAAGAUCUAAAUACAUGUCAAACAAAUCUUAAUGAAAUGGAAAAAAAUGAAGAACACAGGUAAACAUAUCUAGAGAUAUAUGUCUAUCGAUUGACUUAUCAGCAUCAAAGGUGACAAAAAUAUUGAAAAAGUGGACUCGAUAUUGAGCCAUUUUUUAUUUUAUUGAACGUUAAAUUCGACUUAGAAAAUUUUGAUAAAAUACAAGGACAACUAGAAUGUAUCGAAAAUGCAACCGUAUAUAUCUUUUCCCUGAAUAUGUCCAUUCUUGUUGAUUUCUGUGAAAUCAAAAGUGAUAGUAACGCGUGUGACAGAGAAAAUGAGACUUUUUUUUGUUUUU